AAAAGAAAAAAAGAAAAUACACACCACCAUCUCCCAUAUUAACCCAUCACACAAAAGCCCCCAAACUCGUUUCUCUUCCCCCCUUUUUCCUUUCCUAGAACUCUUUAUUACCUUAUUUCUUCCAAACCUUGAACUACCUCUUCCUUACUCCCAUAAAGGUAGCUUAGCUUGCUAGCUUCAGAUGUCAAUCAUCAAAUUAACCAAACUCCUCCACUCAUAGACCAAAUGACUUUGUUCAGCUCAAAAUUCGGUGGGAUUUUGCAAGGGAUCCACCUUAAUUCCUUCUCUUUCUUCUUGUGUUGAAGGUGAGAACUAAGUAACAUGCUUUUGCUCUCAACACUUGGAUAGAUAUAGCUACCUCUUCCAACUCCUUAAAGUAACCAAACCAGAGAAAACAAAUCAAACAACCCCCAAAAGAAGAGAAGACACCAUCACCAACAUCUAGAUCCCAUCUAUAUCCUUUCAAUUAGCUUCAACUUUUUUGGCUUGUGGGUGUUCAUUCUUCAAGGCCUCAAUCUAGGGUUGUCAUAAAUGGAUCCUGUAGCAGCACAAGGACGUCCUCUCCCUCCACCUUUUCUCGCUAGAGAUCUUCACUUACACCCUCACCACCAAUUCCAGCCCCACCACAACCACCAAAACACCGACGAGGAAGCCGGCAAUGGCCACGGCCAGAAGCGAGAUCGCGACGAGAACGCCGGCGGAGGAGGCUCUGCUACGCCCCCACACGGCGGAGAAGGCAAGGAACCCGGGUCAGGAGAUGGAGGAGGAAGUGAGAUGUCCAGAAGGCCAAGAGGAAGACCCGCAGGCUCCAAAAACAAGCCCAAACCACCUAUUAUCAUCACAAGAGACAGUGCCAACGCUCUCCGAUCCCAUGUCAUGGAAAUCGCCAACGGCUGUGACAUCAUGGAGAGCGUCACCGCCUUCGCGAGGCGGCGACAGCGCGGUGUCUGCGUGCUCAGUGGCAGCGGCACCGUCACCAACGUCACACUCCGGCAGCCGGCUUCGCCGGGUGCCGUGGUGACCCUUCAUGGAAGGUUUGAGAUUCUGUCCCUGUCCGGAUCAUUCCUGCCGCCGCCGGCUCCACCAGCGGCGUCAGGACUGGCCAUAUACUUGGCCGGUGGACAGGGACAGGUGGUAGGUGGAAGUGUGGUGGGACCACUUGUGGCUUCAGGUCCAGUUGUUAUCAUGGCUGCUUCAUUUGGUAAUGCUGCAUAUGAGAGACUACCCUUAGAGGAAGAGGAAACCCCGGUGCCUGUUCCUGGCAAUGGAGGAUUAGGGUCCCCGGGAAUUGCGGGGACACAACAACAACCACAAUCGCAGCCUCAACAGCAACAACAGCUUGUGGGAGAUCCUAAUAGUUCUUCUCUUUUCCAUGGAAUGCCUCAGAAUCUUCUCAAUUCGGUUCAAUUACCGGCUGAGGGUUAUUGGGGUGGCAGUGGUCGCCCACCUUUUUAACAAAAUGUUUUCCUUUCAUGGUUUUUUCUGUUAUCUUUGUUUCCUUCCUUUUAUUUUAUUUUUGUUUAUGUCUUUUUUUCUUAAUUUCUAUUUUCUCUUUAUGAUCAUCACUGUUCAUUCUCCUUCUUGCUUAAUUAUAACUUAGUUUACUGUUAAUUAAAGCCUUUAAUCAGUGUUGAGUUGAAGAAGGAUGUAUAAAUUCAUGAAUUUUCGGUGGGGUUUGAUGAUUAUUUCCUAUCUGAA